CACUGUAUUCCUGGAACAGCUCCAAGCUUCUUCUCUCUGCCUCCAGUGUACAAACUCAUCGAGUAUGCAGAAGGCUCACAGCCCCCCAGAGGCAAGGGAAGACGGGUAUUUAAGGCAGCAGACUCGAUCCGGAUGGAUUUCAUUGCUGGGGCCAUUGGAGGUGAGGAUUCAGACCGAAAGGUGUUACAGAGGAAUUUGGCACUGCAUUCAAGAAACAUACAGAACAGAAAAGGUUUUGGGAUUUUACAAAGGCGUAUCUGCGUCAGUCUUCACAGUAUCACUGAUUUCCUCUGUUUCAUUUGGCACAUACAGAAAUUUCCUUCGCAACAUCUGCAAAUUGCGAUACGGUACUGUGGACGCAAAGCCCUCCAAGCUGGAUAUUUUUCUCGCUGGAAGUGCUACUGGUGCAGUCCGGGUUAUGCUGAUGACACCUAGUGAGGUAGCUAAAGUUCGAAUGCAAACUCAGAAGCAACCGCAUCCUUCUGUGGCAUCUCCCCAACCCAUUUCCAAGCCCAAGUACCAAGGAUCUCUGCACUGUCUGAAGGUGAUUGCAAAAGAGGAAGGUUUUGGGGGUCUCUACAAAGGCUGCUCUGCAUUACUCUGCAGGGAUUGCUCCUCUUCUGCAGUCUAUUUCCUUACCUAUUCUGUUCUGUGCGACUGGCUUACACCAGUGGGGAAAAAUAAACCGGGUUUCCUAGCUGUGCUGCUUUCGGGUGGUUUUGCUGGAGUCCUGGCCUGGGGAUUAGCUACUCCCAUGGAUGUCAUCAAAUCACGGAUGCAAACAGAUGAACUGGGACACCAAAAGUACAAAGGCCUAGUCCACUGUGUUAGGGAAAGCGUGAGAAAGGAGGGUGUAAAAGUGCUUUUCAAAGGACUGGGUUUAAACUGCAUUCGUGCGUUUCCUGUGAACAUGGUUGUAUUUGUAACAUAUGAAGCUGUACUGAGGUUUACAGAUCAUCUUAUGAAUGAAAAAUAGCUCAUGUCACUCUGUUCAGAGGUGUAUUUUCUUUUUUAGCUCUUCUUUUGUAACACAGCAUACACAAACAACUGCUGAACUCUGCUCUCAGUGAUGGACGGUGUGAGAGGUAUGGAAAUUUCAGCGCAAAACUGGAUGACUGAUCUCUUAGUUUUAUUCUUACAGGAUCACAAACUCAUCAGGAAGUCUUGUACUUACAGUCAACCUCCCUUCUAUCCUGUUAAUAUACUUAGACUGCAGCUACUACUCAGGCUAUUGAAACAUUCGCAAAUAUUUCUGUUAUAAAAAGCUGAUAGCCUGUCAAAGAGAUUUUUGACAAAAGGUGAAUUAGGUUUUGUCCUGGAAGAAAACCUGAUCUUCACUACCAAGGCAAGGGUGGAGGGCAGGUUGUGUAUGUUAGAUUUAACACUACACAGUGUGCGCUCUUUAUAUGUAAUACAUGUAAUGCAUUCACUUAACUUACGUAUUUGUGCUUCAAGCCACAAUGGGCAGACCUUGCAUGCCUAUCUGUAGUUUUGCACAAGCGCUCCACAAUUAUGUUCCUUUGGUAGCAGCUGAAAUAUGAGUUGCCUUGCUUUUU